AUGAUCUUGGCAAUUGCUUACCGUCCAGAUUUUGAGUUAGUUCAAAUGAUGGUAGAUGCUUGCCUGAAUCGGAAUGAAAUGACCACGGCAAGACUGUUGUCAAAACACACGCGCACUUCAAAUCUCGGAUGCAUUUAUGGACAAGCAAAUCUCAUUAUCCGAAAAAACAUACAGACUAAUGCUAUUAACGUAUUAUCAAGAAGUUACUUGACUGACGUGUUAACUCUUUACAAUGAGUCCAAGUUCUUGGGUUACUUUCGUAAAGAUCUUUAUAUUCACAAUUUUGUGGCCCGAAUCUUAGUGAAUAAUGAAAGAAUCGAGCAGGCACAAGAGGUUUUGCUUGAUAUUCAGCGAUUGGGUCUAACACCGAACGUUGAUACUUAUAAGAUUAUGAUUCAUUUUGCGAAAGUACAAAAGAAUUCAAAGAAUGUAAUGCAAGUAUUUCAGGAAAUUCGGCGAAAAAAAUUUACGGUGGAUCAUGUUACCCUUUUGUAUCUGAUAAGGUGUUUGUGCGCAGCCAGAGAUUUUGAGGGCUCAAAAAUGGUUAUUGACUUGAUGCAAAGAAGUAACAUGAAACUUAAUAUUAAUCACUAUAAUGCUCUCAUGAAGGCUUAUGGAAGCGGACGUGAUAAAAAUGUGCAAACAGAAUUGAAUAUUAUCGAUUCAAACAAUGAUCCGUCUAAUAAAUACUGUAUGAUAAGGACAGCUUAUCAAACCACCCUGAAAUCAAGAAUGUAUUGUGCAUAUUUCAAUGUUAUUCGGAAUUCGAAUCUGUUCCCUAAUGCCGAUGCUUUUCACAUUAUAAUCGAGAUUUUCGCGAAAGCCGGAAAUUUCGAGAUGGCCAAGAAUUCUAUACGGCAAUGA